AUGAGAUCAGUUCUCGCAGCGAGGGUGAAGAUGAUGGAUGAGAUCGACAAGGUCGCUGCUGUGAUGUCGAAGAAGACGCUUGUGUUGCGUCGUCGAACUUUCCAAGGCGGCAUUGACUGUAUUGACAACUGCAACGGAGACCCAGACAAGGCCGACAGGUGCAUCGAUGACGUUCAGAAGGAUCUAUCCAAGGUCUCCGAUCUUGCUACAGCGUUUGGCGAGGAUGUCAUGAAGAGGGUUGGCGUUUGCAUGGAGGAUUGCAUGGGUGAUGACAAGACGGCCGCUGACUGGCAGAAAAUGGAGGAUUCGACGUUUACUGCCUUCUAUACCGAGUGUAAGGUCGUUGGAUCAGACCAAGAGCGUUCCCGACUUUUACUCUGUGAGGCCACCAGACGUGUUUUAGCCCAGUGUUUCGACAUCCUCGAUAUCACACCUCUCGAGAGGAUCUAA